AAAACCCUAAACUAUUAGCGUUGCACUGAUCUCAGCACAAGCUCGCCGGAUAAACAGGCGGAGUUGCUCAUCAGCUCCGAUAAACACCGAGAAAAUCGUUAAGCUCUCUUUCGGAUUCUCCUUCAUCACAAAAUGGCUUAUAGACGUUGCCUCUUGCAAAGAGGAAACAACCUCAUAGAUCGAAGAUGUCACCCUUCUUUCACCUACAUUCUCCACUCCGACGAAGACAAACGCAACCGUUCAGAUGAGAACAAAUCAUCGUCUUCACAAGGAAUCAGUAACAACACUUUUAUCAAAUCAAUCUCCUUUCGAAGCUCUCUUAAUGGAUCAACGGCUUUUUCUCCGUUCGCUGGAUAUAAUUUUUGCAGAAAUAUGUCCACACUGAAUCGUGAUGAUUCAGAUAAUAUUAGCGUAAUGAGUGAUGUAGCUGAUGUUCUCACUGAUACUGCAAUGGAUGCUGGUAUUCUCACUGAGACUGUUGUGGAUGCUGCUGUAUCUUCUCAGGCUCCGGUUGUUAGCGAAGUUGUCAUUGCUGCUGCUGAUAAUUAUGCACCUGUACAAGUCUUGCAGUAUGCCAUUGAUGCUGUUCAUUCUUUUACUGGGUUAAAUUGGUGGGCGGCCAUAGUUCUAACAACUGUCUUGAUUCGAACCGCAACUGUUCCACUCUUAAUAAAUCAACUCAAGGCCACUUCUAAGCUUACGCUUAUGAGGCCUCAUUUGGAAGCGAUAAAGGAAGAAAUGGACGGGAAGACAUUUGAUCCCGAGGCUGUUGCUGAAGGUCAGAAGCGGAUGAAAAGGCUAUUCAAAGAAUAUGGUGUGAGUCCUUUCACGCCAUUGAAGGGACUCUUUAUUCAAGGUCCUGUCUUCAUUAGUUUUUUUCUUGCGAUAUCAAACAUGGCUGAAAAAAUGCCCUCAUUCAAGCAUGGUGGAGCUUUCUGGUUUACUGAUCUCUCAACUCCAGAUGCCUUAUACAUUUUUCCAGUUUUGACUGCAUUGUCAUUCUUAAUAGUAGUAGAGUGUAAUGUGCAAGAAGGAAUGGAAGGAAAUCCUAUGGGUGAUACCAUGAAAAAAUUCUCGAGGAUUCUUGCUUUUGUUUCAGUUCCUCUCACCAUGGGUUUUCCAAAGGCAAUAUUUUGUUACUGGAUUACAUCAAAUUUGUUUUCUCUGGCAUAUGGAACAGUGCUUAAAGUUCCUGGCAUGAAGAAAACUUUGGGUAUUCCUGAAAUACCUGCAGCACCCACCAGUUCUCCACAAUCUCCCUUCUCUAUUUUUCCAGCGCUAAAACAACCUGCAUCAGCUGCAGAUAGUCAAAGUUCAUCGCCAGUUGAAUCGCCAAUUGAAUCACCAAAACGACCAAAUAAAAAGACAUCUUCUUCUGCUAUUAUUAGUCAAAGGCUAAGAACCUUAGAGAAACAAGUAAAAGGAAGAAAGAAAAACAAGAAAAUUGACUAGCUCCUUAAUUAUGCCAUUAAACCUAUGUAAUAAAUAUGCUUAGAUGUUUUGUCAUAUUGUAUUAUUAUCCUUGGAUGGAGUGGAAAUUAGGAGUUUAAUUAAAGAUAGGGAGGGGGAGGUGAGAAUAAUUUUUUCCCAAAGGCUUCUGAUCAAUUUUGCUGAGGAAGCUAAAGCUUUUGGUUAACUAGUUUAUAUUUAUUUAUUCAUGGUAUAUAUGGACAUGAAUGAUUAGCAUAAUUAUUUUUGUAUGCUCAACAUUUUAAUGAUAUAGAUAUCUGUAGCAUUAUCCUAUUAUUAUUAA